AAUCUUGACGUGUAUAUCUGUGGUGUAUAUUUUUGACACUUCGCCCAAAACAGUCGUAACCUAUAAAUUUCAACAUGGAAUAAAAAUAAUAUUUUAAUAUUUUUGUAUUAAAUAAGUAAGAAAGAAGCAAUGUUUAGACAUACAAUUACUAACACACUACCUCUCUAAAUGGACACCACAGUUUUCUUCUUCCUUAUAAUCAUAUUUUAUGGCGCAUUACUAUUUUUCGAUCUUUUCUUUAAAUCUUGUGCUCACUAUCCCUAUCUUCGUUUACUAGAUGGUCUAGGUCUCGAAAUAGGAUAUUUUAACCUAAAGUGGAGUACGAAAGCAUUGAAUCGUCUCUUCCUGAAAUGGGGCAAUAUUAGACCACAGUUUUGGCGGGCCUGGUUUUCAGUAGGAAUAUAUGCUAGUUUAAUAUUUCUGCCCAUUUCAAUUUGUUUGUUAUUUUACAGUGCGUUUGUAUCUUUUUUUAGACAUGAAAUCGCUACAAGUUCUCCAGUUAUAACUCCAGUUAUACCUGGUGUAAAUCUACCUGUCGCCGAAUUAGGUUACUACUCACUUACUUUGGUAAUAUGUAGCGUUGUUCACGAAGCAGGACAUGCUUUAGCUGCAGUUUUAUAUGAUUUAGGUGUAAUUGAAGUGGGUUUAAAUCUAUAUUUUAUUCUCCCAGUUGCUUGCGUUAGAUUACCCACUGAAAAAUUGACUGCACUCAACUUAAAGAGUAAAUUAAGCAUAUUUUGUGCUGGUAUAUGGCAUAACCUAUUGCUAUCAUUUUUUGGAUAUUUAUUAUACUGUUCUUUACCAACUAUUUUUUCACCUUUCUAUUAUACAGGUAAGGGUGUUCAAAUUUCUGAUAUAAGUAGGCAUUCACCACUAAAGUCUCCUGAAGGGUUGCAUAUUAAUGAUAUUAUUUUAAGUAUAAACGACUGUAAGGUAACUAACGAAGAUGACUGGUUUAAUUGUUUAAGUAAUAGAGAAUUGUUAUUACCAGGUAUAUGCAUUGAAUCUGAACUAGUCAAUACAUUAGAUGAAAGUGUGCCUUUAAAACAUAUAGGUAAUGGUAUUGUGGAGUGUUGUGAUCCUUCUAACAAAAAGAAUCUGUGUUUUGAGUACACAGACUUGGAGAAUAAUGAACUAGAACUGCCCGGGCAUGUAUGCCUCCCAGGCAGAACUAUAAUAGAAAAGUCAGCGAAUUUUUGUACGAUAGGACCUCAUGUAUGCACUGGUAACUUUUACUGUUUUAAGCCAGUGUUACCCAAUAACACUUAUCUAUUUAAAGUAACUUUGAAAAGGGCUAGACCAGUAAUCUAUAUUGGUCAUCCCAGUGAUUUUUAUAGGACGAUAGAUGUCUCUUCCUAUAUUAAAAGAACUAAUUUGCUUGGGCUAAAUAUACCUGAUAUAUCGACGAAAUUACUGAAAUAUAUUGUUGUUAUAUCUCUAGGUUUAGCGUUUGUGAAUGUUUUACCGUUCAUGUAUAUGGAUGGGGAGUACGUCACUAAAGUACUGGGACUUAUUUUACUAAAAGAUAUCAUAGGUAAAAGAAAAAGUGUAUUAGUAGCUACAGUUAUCACCUGGUUGUUUACAAUAUUUUUAAUAUUGGUGCUUGUACACGCAGCAUUUCGAAUGUUAUAAAUUAAAGAGUGAUACACAAAAA